AUGCGGCGAGUCAAAAAGUCGCGCAACGGCUGUGCAAGGUGUAAAAGCAAAAGGGUCAAGUGCGGAGAGGAGAAGCCUCAUUGUAGCCGCUGCACCCGACUUGGAGUUCGGUGCCCGGGAUAUGUGCAGUCACUUCGUUGGGUCACAAAAUAUGAACAACCCAGUCCUGGUGCAUCAUCAGAGGGCCAGCCGCCUAGCCCUGUGCCUUCUACCUCGGUGCCGGAGGAGGCUUCAGCUCCAGUGCAAGAUACGCUGUCACUCUGUAGCCCAAAUCCCGGAUCGCGACUUGAACCAGAUGCUUCUGUGUUUGAGCUAGAUGAUUCGAACGCUCUUUGUGACAGUCUAUGGGACCUUCAGGGCAAUCGAUCACUCCCGGAGUUAACAGACCUCUGUCCGUCUUCCCCAGCACCGAUGUCAGCAUCGGGUUUCUCGCAGCCCCAAAAUUCACCAUAUGACUUUGCUUCAUCUGGAGAUAUGGCCGCCGAUGUCACACAUUUCUUGUCACUGAUUGGUCCGUCUCAAGAAGAGACUACUAACGGUGGGAAGGUUGAUCGAGACUUCUCGCCAUCGACCAUCGUACGCAGUUAUCCACCCGCCUCGCACCGCUCUAAUUCACGAGACGUUACGUCCAUAUCUCGCCCUUUGAACAAUCCUUCUUGGACACUUAUCGAGUACUAUUUCAAAGAGGUUGCGGCGCUCUUCUCUAGCUAUGAUAGCCAGAUGAACCCCUUCCGCACGACCGUCUCCAGGCUAUGGGGCUCAUCCCUGGCUAUGUGCCGGACGAUGCAAAGCAUGGCCGCUGCAACUCUUGUCAAUGAUUUUCCACAGUUUGGACCGAUUGGUCGGAAGAUGAGGGAUGAGGCUGUCAGUAUCAUCACACUUGAACCAGCGAUGGACGACAAGUCUCUACUGGCACUCCUCAUGCUCGGACAGACGGCCAGUUGGCAUGAUCCAAAAGACUUGGGUAUUUCAUUCUUUAACCUGCUUCGGAAACACCUGAACUCUAUUUCCGAUGGAUCGAGUACGGAAUCCUUGGGCUUCCCGGAGAGCCGCAGUAACAAUUACCGAUUUUUUGAGGAGGCUCUCAUAUACUGGGAGAUGCUCUUAUCAUUCGUCGCAGACAAUGACUCUGCAAUGUUCUCUGAUAAAUCAUGCGCAUCAUCUAUGGAAGAAUCGCUCGUUCUUCAACGCGUACCGCAUCCAUGGACUGGCAUCGCACGAGAUGCACAAUUCACAGUGCAUGAAGUUGGUCGACUUAUUCGGAGAGAACGUAAACGUAUUCGUGCUCGAACUUUCACAUCUCAGGACGACAUCAGACGAGCGCAGAUGGCGAUCGAAAAGGCACGCGAGUUGGAGGAGCGCUUAUUGAACCUUGCUCAUCUUACAGAGGCUGAGAUCGUCAGUACCGGCGACGAUGAAACUCCAGUUUGGCACCUUCUUACCGUUGCCGAGGUUUAUCGAUGCACAGGCCUAAUACAGCUGUAUCGUGUUUUCCCAGACCUACUUCGCAACCGUCUGCCAAAUCCUGAGGCAGCUCAAUUUCCAAAUUUCGCGAGGGGAACACCUGGCGACUCUUUCUUUCCAGUAGAUCUGGACUGCAUGAAUCUCUCUCCGGGCUUCGGUGGAACAAACGCUAGUCCUACAACCGAUAAAGCUCAACCAGAAAAUCAACAGAGCACCCACCAAUCUCCAUCAUCGACCUCCUCCCCACACAUCAACAUUUUCCCUCCCUCCUCGCACCAUCACCAACCUCAAGCCCCGAAAUCCACGACUCAAGACACAUCACCCGAGUCAUUAUACGACGCCUGGCUCACUGAUUUUGCCGUCACACUAAUCUCACGCCUAAAAACCAUCCCCUUGGAGUCCCGAACCCGCUGCUUGCAACCGUUACUGUUGGUCGCUUCAUGCAGUGAGCUACGUCUACCAAGACUACCCACCGAGCAACCGAAUACCCAUUUUGAAAAUAAUCCGGAUGACAAUCCCGCAAGUAAUCAAUCUCAAGGCGGCAUUGAGACACCAAAUAUAUCCAUGGAAGCUAUUGAAGUGUCCCAAACCCGAAAGUUCAUUCUCGGUCGUCUGACAUCUUUCCUACAUGUGCUGCCGCCUAAACCAAUCGAUGUUUGUGUGAAACUCGUGAAAGAGGUAUGGAGACGGAUUGAUGCUGGAGAGGCCAACACUUAUUGGAUUGAUGUUAUGAUUGACAAGGGGUGGGAGACAACUAUGGGGUAG